UCGCUCGGAGGCAAGCGGGCGGCGCGCGUCGCCCCGCGCUUAGUGCACCCUGCGGAACUGCGAUCGCGAUCAGGUACGCGUCGCCGCGGCUGGUGCUCACUGCACACGUGCCCCCGGCGCCUGCAUGUUGCGCUCCACUCGGCGCAUUCUCGACGUUCACAUCGUCUGUCUGCAUCCCCCUAUGAGAACUUUUAAAUAAAUAAUUCGCGUUUCGUUUUAACGCGAACGACGAGCUGAAGUUAAUUGAGCGAAAUUGACGCCUCCUGCGCCGGCGCCGGGCCGCUCGCUGCGCGUACGCACGGACUCCAUCGAACUUUCUUCUUCACUAAUAUCCCCAUUGACUUUACAGUACAUUCAGUGCAUAACGCUAGUGUUUCUCAUAGUUAAUUGUUAAAAUAUUCAAUAUUGAAAGUGCCUCAACGCGGUUCGUUAUAGGUAUUAUAGGUUAAUAUUCGAAUUGAUUAGAAAGUGGUGAACUAUUUCAAAUUAUCGAUAGUGGACUCGAAUUUUGUUCGAAGAUUAGCCAACUUACUUUUCCAACGCGGCUUGGAGAUUCACCGAAUAUGACAUAAAGUGAUGUAGCGUAGCGCUGUAAGCGGACAGGUGCACAGAGCAGGCACCGCAGUGCGCGCUCCGAGCGCGAGGUGCGGCGCGGGCGCGGUCGAGUAGCGCGGCGCGGUGGCGGGUGCGCGCGCGGCAGGGGGCGCGGGGGCGGCGCAUGCACGCCACCGGCCACACGGACCGCUCGGGCGGCGGCGGCGGCGGCGGCUCCUGGCGCUUGCCGCCCGACGAGACCCUACAGGUCGCCGACCCCAAGUCAGCCAAGGAAGAGGAAUUAUACCCAGGAGAUGGUCACAAUUGGAAGAGCAUCAUAUUUUCUUUGAUGGUCAUCAGUUGUGUAAUAGCUGGCAUCGUUACAGCGAUUUAUUUACUAGGGUAUGUGGACGAGUUAUUAUACUGGUCGGGUCGUCGUAUGCGUCUGGAGCAGUUCCUGCGUGGCGACCUGACCGGGGAGCGGCUGCCCACCACCUGGGUCAACUCCCACCAGCUGGUGUACCAGGCCGACGACGGCGGGUUACUGGCGCUCGAUACUUUCAACAACACGCUGUCUGUUCUCGUCACCAAUCACACACUAAGGCAGCUGAAUGUGCGCGGGUACCAGUGUUCGCCCAACUUGCGUUACGUGCUCUUCCAACACAAUAUCAAGAAGGUCUAUCGGCGGACGUUUACUGCUCACUAUACCAUUUAUGACGUCACAAAUGACCACCACAUGCCGCUGUUCGGCGACGGCCAGGGCAGCUGGGAGUGGCAGCACGCCGCGUGGCUGGGAACCGAGGGUGCCUUACUGCUGGCCGCCGACAACGAGGUGCUGGCCCGGCCCGGCCCGCCCGCCAAGAUCGCGCCGCUGCUGCGCCUCACCGACGACGCCAGUCCCGGUCGGGUCUACAAUGGGGUCUCCGACUGGUUGUAUCAAGAGGAGGUGACGAAAGCCCCCUCCGCGUCGUGGGGCUCGGCGGACGGGUCGCUGGUGCUGUACGUGCAGUACGACGACAGCGCGGUGUCGGAGCUGCGCUUCCCGCGCAUCUCGCAGGGCAUAGGCGGCGUCGGCGCCGCGCGCUCCGGCUUCCUGCUGCCCGCCUUCAACAACUCUGUGCCUACCGUCUUCCCGGACCACGAUACUAUCCGAUAUCCUACGCCAGGAAGUUCAAUUCCGAAAGUAAAGUUAUGGAUAGUAGCGGUUCAAAAUUCAACGUCGCCGCAGAGAUGGGAGAUCAAACCGCCGAGCACGUUAGAUGGAAUGGAAUAUUAUCUCAUAUCAGCCCAGUGGGUGGGCAAAGACAACUCUCAUGUGGGGGUGGUCUGGAUAAAUCGAGCACAAAACGUAACGGUUUAUAGCAGCUGUUAUGCACCCAACUGGACCUGUAUGGAGACCCAUUCCGAGAAGGCAACCGACGAGCCGUGGCUGGAAGUGCACCAGCAGCCCGUGUACUCCGAGGACGGCAGCGCGUUCCUGCUGCUGGCCGCCGUGCAGGAGGGCGGUGGGCAGUACUACACGCACAUCAAGCACGUAGACGUGGUGCGCCAGCGCCUCGCCGUGCUCAGCCACGGCCGCGUCGAGGUCGCCGAGAUACUCGCCUGGGACGAGAUCAACCAUUUAGUCUAUUAUUUAGGUAGCGCAGAGAGACCCGGUCAGAGACACGUGUACGUGGUCCAAGACCCGAGCUACGGCGGGGGCAGCAACUCCGUCCGCGCCCGCGCCGAGCGCGAGGAGCCCCGGUGCCUGACCUGCGAGCUGGCGGUGUGGCCGGUGCGGCUGCACUACGCCAACUGCUCGUACUGGUCGGCCGCCUUCGCGCCGCCGAAGCCGAGCGUCGGGAUCACGCACUACGUGCUCGAGUGCGGGGGCCCCGGACCUCCUUUGGCUGGGCUUCAUGAUGCGCAAACGCAUAAGCUAGAGAGAAUAUUAUAUGACACGAGGCCUUAUAAAUCAGUACGGUUACGCGAGUUGGCGCUGCCGACGCGGCGCUCGUUCGACGUGCAGCUCGGCAGCGGCUCCAAGGCGCGCGUGCAGCUGCUGCUGCCGCCGUCGUGGCGCGAGGAACUGCGCGACGCUGCCUUCCCGGUGCUUGUGCAAGUUAAUGGCCGGCCCGGCAGCCAGCAGGUGUCGGAGCAGUUCGUGGUGGACUGGGGCACGUACAUGUCGUCGCGCAAUGACGUGGUGUACGUGAAGCUGGACGUGGCGGGCGCGCGCGGCCUGCCGCGGGCCCUACUGCGCGGACGCAUAGGCGGCGUCGAGGUGGCCGACCAGUUGGCUGUUAUUAGAUAUUUAUUAGAGACGUUCAAAUUCUUGGACGUGACGCGCGUAGCGGUGUGGGGCUGGGGCUACGGCGGCUACGUCACCACCAUGCUGCUCGGCUCGCAGCAGGCCACGCUCAAGUGCGGGAUCGCCGUGUCGCCGAUCACGGACUGGCUCUAUUACAAUAGCGCGUUCACGGAGCGCAUCCUGGGCCUGCCGUCGGUGAACUACAAGGGCUACGUGGAGGCGGACGCGUCGCAGCGCGCGCACCACGUGCCCGCGCACGCGCUGUACCUGCUGCACGGCAUGGCCGACAUGAGCGCGCCCUACCCGCACGCGCUGCAGCUGGCGCGCGCGCUCACUGAUGCUGGCGUGCUGUUCCGGUACCAGGCGUAUGCUGACGAAGGCCACGAGCUGAAAGGCGUCAUCGAGCACGUGUACCGUUCCAUGGAGGACUACCUCCGCGAGUGCCUCUCCCUCGACCCCGAGGACACCAAGCUACCGCCGCCCGACAGAUAAGGGCACCUUGAGCCCCUCCGCACUCUCUGUACCUUUGCCAAACUACCAAACCUCAUUUUAUCGUCGCUACAUCUCGCUUAAACUGGAAAUAUACCGAUAAAACUUGGUUAAAAACCAACUAAGAAUACAUUAACAAGUUUUAAGUUUACAUUUGUUGCUUAAUCUUUAGUAUGAUGGAACGUGGAUGAGUGAAAAAAUAAAUUUAAGUUGGAAUUCAAUACCUAUUAGCGUGGAUCCGUGGUUCCAUCAUAUGAACGCUUAACGAUGAAGUCUGCCUAUGAAACGACGCGUCAAUAUAGGGACCUAUUUACCUAAAGUUUUAGUAGUUUAUUUAAAGAAAUUAUAAUAUCAGGGUGUAACGACGGACCGAUGAGUUUGGCAGGUGUAGCGAAUGAAUCAGCAAUAACUGUACCUAUCAGCUUACUUCCGGGGAUAUUGUUAUCAUAUUACUCCUUGUAAAUAUGUACUUAAUGAGAUAGUGCUUUAAUAAAAUGUGUUCCCCCAUUUGUUUAA